AUGGCCAGCCCCCUCCCCGCCUGCUCCCUGCCACGGCGCCUCAUGCCCCCCCCGGCAUCGGCGUCGCGAAUUUUGUCGGGCGUCGUGGCCUGCGUGCCGCUGCGCGCCGACGGCGACGCCGACGCGCGGCAGGCGAUCAUCUGGGCCCUGUCGCGGCUGGGCGCGCGGGUGGCCUCGCGCGUCAGCAAGACCUGCACGCACGUCGUGUUCAAUCGCACACCCAAGGCUACCGACAACCAGGCGCAGAUCGAGAAAUGGGCGCUGCGGGAUCUGUUCGAGAAGGUGGACCAGCAAAAGGAGCCGAGGCCCGUGGUUGUGUCCGUCACGUGGGUUUCAGCAUCGGAGCGGGAGGGAAAGAAGGCAAACGAGAACGACCACCUUGUGCCUAGGCCGCCGCCAGUCUCUCUGUACGAGUUUUUAACCACUCCAGUGAAACCAAAGAAGCCAAGGAGCCGCCGUCCGCACUCCUUAACUGGCCCACUGAGGGGCAAAGGCGGCAAGCUGCCGUAUCCAGAAGCAACUCCGUUGGUGACGAGAAUGGCCCAAACGAUGGUGAAGAAAAGGAAGGCACUGGAUGCAGGACCCUUGCCACAGCAGCCCACUGUCACACCAUUGCCCAACCCAGCCACUGCAUCAGGGGAGAUGGAGGACAACGUGUAUCAAUUUGACAAUGUCCCAGGGCCACUGACCCAGCAGGCAGCUGACGUUCUGGCGUCUCACUUCAAAAGCUCCAAACAGGGGUUCGAUUCUUCUGCAUUCACCAUUGGCUCCAAUCUGGCAGAGCAUGCGGACGUGGCUGAAAAGUCCAAGCACACUCCAGGCUCAAAAGGAAGGCCAGUGCGCGGGCAGCCAAACAGGGCUGCAAGGGCUGUGCCAAGAAAAGGAACCCAAGAGCAGGGUGUGGUCAUGCAGAAUGUGGGGCAAUCCUGCGGUCAGCAGGCCAAACGACAUGGUGACAGAGAUUCCUCAGUUAGCUAUCCACCUGCGUUUCCAUGUACAGUUCGUCGCGGUCGCAGUUUUGCGCAGAAGAAGCCCAAUCCCAGGAUCUGUGCAGUGGGAAUGGAGCAUGCACUGGAGCCAUGCAACAAAGCUCUCGACGGGAAAACUGGAUGUAGUAUUGUCAAGAAUUGCUGCACGCCUCUGCAGACCCCGCCCCCUUCCUGUUCAGAUGUGGAGCAGUGUCCCCCUGAGGGGAUGGGACUGCAUGAACGGAUUCUGAGAAGACUCCGGGCCUCUGAGCAGGGGCCGGACGCUCUGCAGAGAGCUGUGGCUGUUGGGACGCCUAGCUGUGGCACAACGGCAGUGGAUGCCCACAAGCAACAGAGCAUCACAAAUGAGACCAUGGGUGACUCUGUAUGGAGGAACGAUGGCAACAAUCGGCUACAGGCACCUGAGGUGUGUGCAAAGAGCAUAGAGGACGACAGGCUGGGGGGGAGGAGGGCAUCCUUAAGAAUUGCACACAAACAAUCACAUCAAGAAAACAAAUCGCAAAGCGUGCAAGGCGCGGACAGCCGUCCCACAAAAAGAAGGCGACUGGCAACUAGGCCUGCUGGACGAUGCAGCAGCCAGUCUGGUGCCGUGCCGGCCAAGGAGCAGAAUGUGGCACCUGCAAAGGGCUCAAGAGCACACCCGCAGCCUGUUAGGGCCCAAAGAGGGCGUGCCAGCAAACGCCAGUGUUCAAAGGUUCCAGUCCCUGAAAGUGAUCAACAUCAGAGGAAGCGUACACGAAGCAGUCCUGAAGGGUGUCUCACAUGCAGCUCGGUGUCAUCUGAGGUGUUGCAAAUGGCAAGGAAUGCCACCAGGUCGCUGAAGGGGAUAUCUCUCUGCACAGAGGGCUAUGAGGACGACAGGGUUACUCACGUUGUCCUUGGGAACAACAGGCGUACGUUGAAAGUGCUGUUGGGCAUCGCCAAUGGGGCCCAUUUCCUGGAUGAAAGCUGGCUGGCAGACUCGGUUGCCCGUGGGGAAUGGCAAAGCGAGGAUGGCUACAUUAAGGCUGGAAAGUUCGCCCAGGCAGCAGAGUGGGCCAGGGCUGUGCUGCAGGAUGUGGGUGGGAAGAAACCACUGCAUGGAACAGCUGUGCAUGUGCACUGUGGCACAAAAAGGGCUUCCUUGGUGCCACUCCAAAGAGUUGCCGUGGCACUUGGUGCAAAGGUGGUGGCCGUGAGGUCUGCCAGUAUGAUUGUGGUUGCAAAGGGAGCGACAGCACCUAGAAGCGGCCAUUCAAAUGCCCAGGUUGUGCAAGAGGAUUGGCUGAUAGAUGUUGCUGAGAAUUUUUCCAUCCCAGCUGAUGGCCAACAGCAAUCAUGA